AUGUUUCGACAAGUCGCUGCGAAAACGGAGACAGAGAUAGAAUUUGUAGGGGACGAAAAGAGAGACGGAAAUAGAGUUUGUGGGGCAAGUCUCAAAGGGUUCUCAGUUAUGGAUGUGAUGAGAAAAAGAGCAAGAACGAGCAUGGAUUCGACGAUUGUCGAUGUAUGGAAACGUGAAGUAGGCGAGCUACCAUCCAGAAACUUCGCUCACCGGCUCGCCGCUUCCGAGGGUGUUGUUCUUCGUCUUGAUAUCCUCCGGAAGCUUGAAAAGCACAAAGGUUGUGUGAACACAGUUAGCUUCAAUGAUGAUGGUGACAUUCUUAUAUCGGGCUCUGACGACCGGAGGGUCUUACUCUGGGAUUGGGAAACUGGUCAUGUUAGACUGUCUUUCCAUUCUGGUCAUCACAACAAUGUUUUCCAAGCAAAGCUUAUGCCUUACACUGAUGCCCGAAAAAUUGUUACCUGUGCUGCUGAUGGGCAGCCGCCCAACGUUGAAAUCCAAUUAGAAGUCCAAGUAAUUAUAUAA